AACAGGCUACAAGAAAUAAUAUUAUUGCUGCAAUUGAACUUGCAGCAUGUGUAGUUUCGGGUAUUGGUGCAUUGGCUUUAUUUGCUAUACGUUAUCGUACAUCAAAAAUUGAUCCAUUAGUUUAA